CCUGCUCGGAUAUUUGGGCGGACGCUUCCGGGGGACGCGGCGCUGAUGCCAGAGGUCAUGUGACAUCAAGAUGGCGGCGCCGCAGUAAUUGGCUCCAGGUUGUAGUGUCCUAGGAACCGCGACGGUUUCUGCCCUCAGGGCCGUGGGGGCGGCAACGCUUAACUGACCCCUGCAGCAUCCCGUAGCUUCCAGUUAAGCACUGGUUCAGGGCAGGGGCUGUUGCUAUCGCGGUUCGGAGGAACGCAAGUGACCUCGCCGCAGGUUCCUUGUGCCGGCCGCGCUGGGUGGAGGAAGCGGAGGAAGGAGCAGCGCAGGCAGUUACUCGGGUCUUCUGGGCCUGCGGCUUUGAAGUUCAUGAGACCUUCAAAGGAGCUCCACCUUUGAGGCGGCCGCGGGAGUUCACGUCCUCGGGUGUGUGAGAAACAGCCUAGAUCCUCAGGGGAGCGCAAACAGGGCCGCAAGGACUUCGUUUUUUCUCCAGAGGCCUAGCUUCCCCGCGUCUGUUAACUCCAUUUUCCUUCUCACCACUUCUCGAUGUUUUCUCCAUAUAUCUGGAAAUAUGAUCAGCGCCCCUGACGUAGUGGCCUUCACCAAAGAGGACGAGUAUGAGGAAGAGCCUUAUAAUGAGCCGGCCCUGCCCGAGGAGUACUCUGUGCCUCUCUUUCCCUUCGCCAGCCAGGGUGCCAACCCAUGGUCCAAACUGUCUGGGGCCAAGUUUUCCAGGGACUUCAUUCUUAUUUCCGAGUUCUCUGAGCAAGUGGGACCCCAACCCUUACUGACCAUUCCCAAUGACACCAAAGUUUUUGGCACUUUUGAUCUCAAUUACUUCUCUCUACGUAUCAUGUCUGUGGAUUACCAGGCUUCCUUCGUGGGCCAUCCUCCUGGUUCUGCAUACCCCAAGCUGAACUUCGUAGAGGACUCCAAGGUGGUGCUGGGAGACUCCAAGGAAGGAGCUUUUGCAUAUGUGCACCACCUUACUCUGUAUGACCUGGAGGCCCGUGGCUUCGUAAGGCCCUUUUGCAUGGCUUAUAUUUCAGCAGACCAGCAUAAAAUCAUGCAGCAGUUCCAGGAGCUUUCCUCUGAAUUUUCCAAAGCUUCUGAAUGCUUGAAGACUGGCAACAGGAAGGCAUUUGCUGGGGAACUUGAAAAAAAGCUGAAAGACUUGGAUUACACCAGAACAGUGCUGCACACAGAAACAGAGAUUCAGAAGAAAGCCAAUGACAAAGGCUUCUACUCAUCUCAGGCAAUUGAGAAAGCCAAUGAACUGGCCAGCGUGGAGAAGUCCAUUAUUGAACAUCAAGACUUGCUGAAGCAGAUCCGCUCAUACCCUCACCGGAAGUUGAAGGGGUCUGAUCUGUGUCUUGGGGAGGGAUAUACCCAAGAUCAGGCUGACCGCGCAUCCACUACCUCUAACCCUGAUGAAUCUGCCAGCACAGACCUUUACACUUGCAGACCAGCAUACACCCCAAAACUCAUCAAAGCAAAGUCCACCAAGUGUUUUGACAAGAAGUUGAAGACCUUAGAGGAACUUUGUGACACUGAAUAUUUCACCCAGACCCUGGCCCAGCUCAGCCACAUUGAGCACAUGUUCAGAGGAGACUUGUGUUACCUCCUGACCAGUCAGAUUGACAGAGCACUUCUAAAACAACAGCACAUAACAAACUUCCUCUUUGAAGACUUUGUGGAGGUUGAUGAUAGAAUGUUGGAGAAACAAGAGAGCAUACUCACUAAGCCAAGUCAAGACAGGCUGCCUUCCAGGUCUCUGGAAGAAUGCCCCAUUCCUAAAGUGUUAAUUAGUGUUGGUUCUUACAAGUCCAGUGUGGAAUCUGUGCUGAUCAAGAUGGAGCAGGAACUUGGGGAUGAAGAGGAAGUGCAGGUGACAGAAUUGAGCAGUUUUGAUCCACAGGAAAACUUGGACUAUCUGAAUAUGGAUAUGAAAGGGAGUAUCAGCAGUGGUGAAAGCAUCGAGGUUCUGGGCACAGAGAAAUCUGCCUUUGUGCUGCCUAUGUCUGACAGUCAGGCCAGCCUCACAGUACCAUUGAGCCCCCAGGUAGUCCGAAGCAAAGCAGUUAGUCAUAGGACCAUCAGUGAGGACAGUAUUGAAGUCCUUAGCACCUGUCCCUCGGAGGCCCUCAUCCCUGAUGAUUUUAAGGCCAGCUACCCAAGUGCCAUUAAUGAAGAAUCAUAUGCAGAUGAUAAUGAGGAAGCCAUCCACUUCCAGGCAAGCAUCAGUCCUCUGGAGCUCGGUGAGGCAGAGGAAGGCAGCUUAGAAAACACCCAAUCAGAAGUAGACUCCUCCUGCUGUAUUGGGAAGGAGAGCAAUGGUCAGCUGGUGUCACUUUCUGUUCCAGCUCAUGCACUCUCUGAUGAGGACAGAGUGGUGAGCAUCCCCCCACAGCGCCAUAGGCAAAAGGACCAGGGGUUCCAUGUCGACUUUUCAGUGGAAAACUCUUCUUCCCAAGACAACAAUUGCGAAGGGUUCCCUGCUUAUGAAGUGUACCCAAGCCCCAUGCUGGCUAACCGGGAUAUCAGCAAGACUAGCCUGGACAACUACUCAGACACCACCAGCUACAUGAGCAGUGUAGCCUCCACCAGCUCAGACAGGAUUCCCUCCACUCAUCCUGCUGGCCUGUCUUCCGAAAGGCAUAAAAAGAGGGCUGGUCAGAAUGCCUUAAAAUUCAUCCGCCAGUACCCGUUUGCACACCCAGCCAUCUACUCCCUGCUCAGUGGGAGGACACUUGUUGUCCUGGGGGAAGACGAGGCCAUAGUCAGGAAGCUUGUGACAGCACUGUCCAUCUUUGUCCCCAACUAUGGCUGCUAUGCCAAGCCUGUGAAGCACUGGGCCUCCUCCCCUUUGCACAUUAUGGAUUUUCAGAAGUGGAAGCUUAUUGGCCUACAGAGAGUGGCCUCCCCUGCUGGUGCUGGCACCCUCCACACCCUGAGCCGCUACAGCCGCUACACGAGCAUCUUGGACCUGGACAACAAAACCCUGCGCUGCCCCCUCUAUAGAGGCGCCCUGGUGCCCCGCCUGGCAGACCACCGCACCCAGAUCAAGCGAGGCAGCACCUACUACCUGCAUGUGCAGAGCGUGCUCGCCCAGCUCUGCUCCAAGGCCUUCCUAUAUACCUUCUGCCACCACCUGCACCUGCCCUCCCAUGACAAGGAGGCUGUGCAGUUGCUGGCCAGCCGCCAGGCCAGCUUCCUGAGGUUGACCCUGGGCCUGGUGAAUGAGGAUGUCAGGGUGGUGCAGUAUCUGGCUGAGCUGCUGAAGCUGCACUACAUGCAGGAGGUUCCUGGGACCAGCCACCCUGUGCUCAGGUGUGACUACGUCCCCAGCUUUUUGUACAAAAUCUGAAGUUGGUCCCAG